AUGCGAUUUUCCGCUGCGAGCGCGGAGAACAUCAAGCAGCAGGACGGUCUGGCAGGAAACCAAUCGGGAGAAGAUUCCACGGUACGUUCUUUUCAGACGUGAACUUGAUGAUUUUGUGAAUUGAUACGCAUGACCUAGUGGAAGCACUUUUGCAUAUUUCAUCUCGUCCGUCCUGUGCGUUGCCGCACCAGAGUCGAAGAAAUGCAUAACGUGAAAGUUGUGAAUGACAAUAAGUAAGUACUUACCAUCUCCAGGUGGGCAAUGUCCAGUCGCGCCCGUCCUCCCUGUUCUCGUUCAAGACCGCAGCCACCAUGGGUGACGGGGGGGAGCAGGACGAGGAGGAGGAGAACAAAAUUGCAGCCGAACUGUUGCUGGACGACCUGGACGACUUUCAGUAUCAGUACGAAUCCGGUUCGCUUUGGGAGCGGAUCAAGCGGAUUGCUUUUCCAUCAUCCUCCAACGAUGCGUGGCGGUCGGUCCUGAUGGAUCCCGAUGCCGUGGAGGGGGAGGAAACGUGA